AUGGCUACUGCAACCACAAACGAGCCUCCAAAUAAACGCCAUGUGACGGCAGAAAAUGCUCGACGGUUCGUCGCCGAUAUCCUUCAGGGCAACGGCGUCUCCGAAGAGAAUGCAAAGAUCAUCGCCGACUGUCUGAUCCAGGCUGAUCUGCGCGGGGUCGAUACUCAUGGCAUGAACCGCAUUCCAUCGUACAUGGAACGUGUCCGACAAGGAGUGCUCGAUCCCACUGCCCAGCCCAUAUUCAAUCAGAUCACACCUGUGGUCGGUCAAGUCGAUGGCCGGAAUGCUUUUGGAUUCCUAUGCACACAUCUGGGCAUGGAGCACGCGAUCGAGAUGGCCCGCUCGUACGGAAUUGGCAUGGUCAGUGUCAAGCAUUCCAACCACUUUGGAAUGUCUGCUUGGAUCGUACAGCAGGCCAUUGACGCCGGAAUGAUGAGUCUGGUGUUUACAAACUCAAGCCCGGCACUACCAGUCUGGGGAGGUAGGGAGAAACUCAUGGGCGUCAGUCCCAUUGCUUGCGGUGCGCCUGCGGGGCAAGCGCCACCAUUUAUCCUUGACAUGGCGCCCAGCGUUGCUGCGAGAGGGAAGAUCUACAAGGCAAAGCGACGCGGAGAAAAGAUUCCCCUUGACUGGGCGUUAGAUAAGGAUGGCAGGCAGACGGACGACCCCGAAGCAGCGUUGGAAGGUGUCAUGCUGCCCAUGGGCGGGCCCAAAGGGUCAGGUCUCUCGAUUAUGAUGGACGUCUUCUCAGGAGUGCUCUCUGGCAGUGCAUUUGCUGGCCAUGUGACCAAUCCGUACGACCCCAGUAGACCCGCCGACACGGGGCAUUUCUUCGUUGUCAUUAAACCUGACCUGUUCAUGAGCUUGGAAGAGUUCAAGCAGCGCAUGGAUUAUCUGUACCAGAGGGUUGUGGGGUGUGAGAAGAUGGAUGGGGUAGAACGGAUAUUCUUCCCAGGGGAGAUCGAACAAAUUACCGCGGUGGCGAGACUGGCGUCGGGGAUUCCCUUGGUCGAAGCAGAGAUUGAUGCAUUGAAUGCGGAGGCUCUAAGGGUCAGCAAAAAGCAGCUGGUGCUUCUGGAGACUUAA